UGAAAACUCACCGGAAUAUCGUGUUUGUAAUACUGAAUUGUUACGCGAGAUGAAAAAAGUCUACAGCACUUUGAAGGGAUUUGACUUUUUAAAUAUUAUCAAAUACAGUUUUGGAAGCAUUGUCGCAGAUUUUGAAAUUACAAUCAGUAAAAGUGUGAGUCCAAACGACCUGAUCCAGAAAUCAGAAAACCUAAUCAAAGCUCUGACCAACAGCUCACUCAAUCUGGAAACUACAGGUGUUGUGAGUUUAACGAUGCCAGACAACCCUGUGAAUUACGACUCCCAGCAACACCUCGUAUGCACAUCAAAUGCGGAUCUGAACAUCACGGCAGUGUGGCGCCAGAAGAAAGACAAUGAAAAAGUAUAUUCCAUAACUAAUGGCACAGAGGCAGACAUUACGCUCUCAACACGCAAGUCCACACUCACUCUCAAAAGGAUAUCAGCCUCCUGGGAAGGAGAGUACUCAUGUUUAUUCCCUCAAAAGAAAGACUCAUUAGUCAUAACUCACAGUGCCAGUGCCGUAAUGGACGUAGCUCUCCUGCCAAACAUUUUCAUCACCGCAGUCCCAGAAUUUCCACGCUGUCACACCAAAGACGAUGUACUGAAAAUAACAUCCAAAUGUUUGAUAAGGAAGGACAAUGAAGCUUACACCGUGAAAUGGGAAAGUCAAAAAAUGCCUGGGAAAAUUACUCAAUUACAAGCCGAGGACUCCUCUGAAGAAGCUGUUUAUCCAGCUGAGGCAGCGGUCACCUGCAACCCAAAUGACCCGAAACCGACAGUAAAGUGCACAUUUAAAAACAGACUCAAUCAGUCGAAAAGCGAGUCAUUUGUUUUCAAUAUCAUAUACGAUGGAGAAGAGUUCUGUGCACCAGAGGGUGACUGGGGAGAGACCAAAGCUGGCUUCACUGCAAAGCUACAGUGCCAGAACGCAGACGGACUAAGACAAAGGAGAUGCAGCAUUAAGUCUACAUGGGAACCGGAGGAAGAGAAUUGUGUAAACAACGAUGUGUCGAGUUUGCUGCACUUUGCACGUGAUGUUGACAUCGGACUUGGCUCAUUAAAUGAAAAUGCUGAAGACGUAUUUAACCGCCUGCGUAAUGUCACUAAUAACUCAAUGGCUAUCAACACCGUGUCCAACGUGAAGGCAACGGUGGACGUACUCAAUGUCUUGAGUGACAAGCAAGGGCUCACGCUGAAUGGAUCAGGAGUGUCUGGCUUUCUGGAAUCAUCCAGCAACUUGAUGGAGAAGUCUCUUGAGAAAACAUGGACCGUAAAAAAAGAUGAUCAAAAUUUGACAUUGGCAGAGACAUAUAUACGUUCUGUUGAGAAAUUAAUUAAGAUGGCAAACAUAACGGCUAACAACAUCCAAAAAAAUAUAGAGAUGGCCACGUGUGAUAAAAAGCCGGGGUCUGGAUGUACCAACACCGCCUUCGGUGUCACUGUCGAUUUUGAUAGUUCAGACAAUGGCAGCGUGGCAACAGCUGGAUUUAAACAACUGGAGAACUAUUUGCCCCAGAGAGAUGAGGAGUACGAGGUCAACAGCAUUGUUGUGACGACAACCACUCAAAAGGAUCACUCGGGUUCAGUGAUUCAAAUGAAAUUCCCGUUGCUCCGUCCAAGGGCUCGCAACGUACGAAUAAAGUGUGUCUCAUGGGACUACGACAAAAGACAAUGGUCAUCGCGUGGAUGUGAAUGGAUGGGUCCUCAAGCUGAUGGACACUGUGUUUGCAACCAUUUGUCCUCAUUUGCCAUUUUAAUGGCUCGGUAUCCAAUAGUUCUCCCAUGGAUGAGUGAGAUAACCCUCAUUGGUCUGUCUAUAUCAGUCAUGUCUUUAGUUAUUUCUCUUGUAAUAGAAGUGAUCGUCUGGAGGGAUGUAGUUAAAAGCAAUACUCGAUAUCUACGGCACGUUGCCCAGGUAAACAUUUCUCUGUGUUUGCUAGUCGCAGAUGGCUGCUUUUUAGCAUCUUUCAAGCCAGAUACAAUUUCCGAGGUCUGGUGUAAGGCCUUGGUGAUGUUGAAGCAUUUCUGUUACUUGUCCAUGUUCUUUUGGAUGUUUUGUCUGAGCAGCACGCUUCUUCAUCAAGCAGUUUUCCUGUUCCACAAGAUGAGCAAGAAGGUUUACCUGAGGUUCUACAUAAUCCUGGGCUACGCAUGUCCGCUACUUAUCGUUUUGAUCACAUUCCUUACUAACAGGGCUGGUGCUGAGGGCGUGUACUUCUCCAAAGAAACCUGUUGGCUGGUUUAUAGUGGACUUUUUAGUGGGUCCAUCCACACAUUUAUGAUACCAGUCGGUAUAAUUGUUAUCGUCAACGUGUUGUCCAUGGUGGUGGUAAUCAUUAAGCUUUUGGAUCACCCUACGAAUGCAGGAACCUCUGAUGACAGAUCUGCUGCCAAAUCGGUCAUGAGGACCGUUAUUCUUCUGACACCGAUCUUCGGUGUCACUUGGAUCUUUGGAUUUGGUGUAACUAUUCUCGACCUCUCAUCUGGGAUCGCAGCUCCUUUGGUCAACUAUGCCUUUAUCCUGCUGAACUCAUUUCAGGGUUUGUUUAUUUUGUUAACCACAUACCUGGGGGACAAUCUGACCCGUGCAGCACUGCUAAACCAUCUGAAAACAAGGGUAAGCGCAUCCGUCAGUGACAGCUCCACCACGUUGGACACAAAAUUGAGCAAGUGA